AUGUUGGCAACUGCCAACCCUCCACUGUGUCAUUCUCAGGCAUUGUCUUCAACCAAAGACUCUCCUCAUCCACCCUCUCCCGGAGGGCACUCUUUUAUCCAAUGCCUGGUUAAGAUUGGCAUCUGGUUUUUGGAGAACCCAACUAACAUAGGAGCCUGUGCUUUAAGGGGAGAGACAGGGAAAGUAUGGGAGAGGUACAAGAGGGAUUUCUUCAAAGACUCAAAUGUUCUUUCCAAUUUGAAAUUACUUUCCGAUUCUUCUGAACAAUGGAUUACAUUAGGAACUGAAGUGAAGAAAGUUGAAGCUAUAAACGUUCCUUGCACACAGCUGUCAAUGUCAUUUUUUAAUCCAUUAUAUGAUGAAAAUAUUGUACGGGACAGUGGACAUAUUGUGAAGUGCUUAGAUUAUUUUUGUGACCCCUUCCUCAUUUCUGAUGAAUUAAGAAAAGUUCUGUUACUGGAAGACUCAGAGAAAUAUGAGGUGUUCAGCCAACUAGAUAGGGAAGAGUUCCUGUUUUGUCUUUUCAAGCAUCUUUGUCUUGGUGGAAGCCUUUGUCAGUAUGAAGAUGUGGUCAAUCCCUAUCUGGAGACAGCAAAACUUAUCUAUAAGGAUCUGGUGAGUGUACGAAAGAAUCCUCAAACCAAGAAAAUAGAAAUUACAUCUUCUGUCUAUAAAGUUACAGCAUAUGAUUCUGCUGGUAUGUGCUACCCUUCAACAAAGAGUCAUGAGCAGACAUUUUCUUACUUCGUCGUAGAUCCUAUCAAGCGUCAUGUUCAUGUUUUAUACCACUGCUAUGGUGUGGGUGAAAUGCCUUAA